CUCCACCACAACCGCCAUGACCGGCGGGGACAACAUCCACGGGGUAAACCCCGGAAGAAGCCUUGGAGAGACUGGGUUAGGAGCUUCAGGGGGCUAUCAAGCCACGUCCCCCUCCCCGUCCCUCUCCUCCCAUCGCAAACCAUGGCAAUCGCAACCCCAAUCCCGCACCCGGCGCAGUUCAUCGCUCCGCUCUGGGCAUGAGCGUCAACAAGAGCAGCACCAGCACCACCAGAUAGGCACAGCGACAAGACAAAAUCCCUAUGAUAAUACAGCUUCUGCCACUGCCGACGACAAGUGGUACCACGUCCAUCUGUUUCGCGGAAUGGUCAAGGACGUCAAGCGCCGGGCGCCGUAUUACUGGAGUGAUUGGACGGAUGCGUGGGAUUACCGCGUCGUGCCGGCAACGAUUUAUAUGUACUUUGCUAAUAUUCUCCCUGCGCUGGCUUUCUCGUUGGACAUGUUUGAGAAGACCAACCAGAGUUAUGGGGUAAAUGAGGUGCUGCUGGCCUCGGUGUUGGGCGCGGUGGUGUUUUCGGUCUUUGCGGCGCAGCCGUUGGUUAUUGUCGGGGUUACUGGUCCCAUCACGGUAUUCAACUACACGGUUUAUGAUAUCAUUGCGUCGAGAGGCACGAACUACCUGGCUUUCAUGUGCUGGAUUGGCAUAUGGUCGUUGAUUAUGCACUGGUUGCUGGCUAUCACCAACGCCUGUAAUGGGUUGACCUACGUUACGCGGUUCUCGUGCGACAUCUUCGGCUUCUACGUCGCGUUCAUUUACUUGCAGAAAGGCAUCCAGGUCCUCACUAGACAGUGGGGCUCGGCAGGCGAGACCUCCGCCUAUCUGAGUAUCAUGGUCGCCUUGUUGGUGCUCAUGAGCGGGUGGAUCUGCGGCGAGCUGGGGAACAGUAGUCUUUUCAAGCGAUUCGUGCGCAAGUUCUUGGAGGACUACGGUACUCCGUUGACCAUUGUGUUCUUUACGGGCUUCGUGCAUAUCGGCCAUAUGCGGGAGGUCGAGGUGGCGACUCUGCCGACGAGCAAGGCCUUCUUCCCCACGGCUGAUCGGGGAUGGUUGGUUCAUUUCUGGGAUAUCAGCGUCGGGGAUGUGUUUUUGGCGAUCCCCUUCGCCAUCCUACUUACCAUCCUUUUUUAUUUCGAUCACAACGUAUCCUCCUUGAUCGCCCAGGGCACCGAGUUUCCGCUCCGCAAACCCGCCGGUUUUCACUGGGACUUAUGGCUCCUAGGUCUCACGACCUUCGUCGCCGGCCUGCUGGGCAUUCCCUUCCCCAACGGCUUGAUCCCCCAGGCCCCCUUCCACACGGCCGCACUCUGCGUGACCCGCGACGUCGCCGACGAGGACGACACGAACAAGGGCAAGGCCAUCCGCAUCACCGACCACGUGGUCGAGCAGCGCGUCAGCAACCUCGCGCAGGGUCUACUCACCCUCGGCACCAUGACCGGCCCGCUCCUAAUCGUCGUCCAUCUGAUCCCGCAGGGUGUCUUGGCUGGCCUCUUCUUCAUCAUGGGCGUGCAGGCCCUCCAGGGUAACGGCAUCACGCAGAAGCUCAUCUUCCUCGCCCAGGACCGCCGCCUCACCCCGGCGUCCAACCCACUCAAGCGCCUCAAGCGCCGCCCCGCCAUCUGGGCGUUUGUGAUUGCCGAGCUGAUCGGGUUCGGCGCGACGUUCGCCAUCACCCAGACCAUCGCUGCCAUCGGCUUCCCCGUGAUUAUUCUGCUGUUGAUCCCCGUGCGCUCCUUCUUAUUUCCGCGGUGGUUCACCGCCGAGGAGCUGGCGGCGCUGGAUGGGCCGGCCGCCAGUCCGUUCACGAUGGAAAGCGUCGGCGGGACGCAUGGCUUGGAGGAGACGUUCGGUGCCGAUGCGUUGGCGGCGAAUGAGGGGGCGAGUUCCUCCUCGAAGAAUCGGGGCGGCCCUAGAGAUGGGGUCUUUGAUGCCGUCACUCGCGAGGAGAGCUCGUCAGAGUCGGUGGUGGAUGAUGAUUUGGAGAGGGGGGAGGUGUAUGAGAUGCAGAGGUCCGCGGUGCGACGGAGGAGUACCACGGGGGCUAGGGAUUGAUCGCUGUAGACAUUCUAAAAGGGGUAGCGUUGGAGUUGGACGCUAACUGGUGGAUAAAAGUUUCGAUUGGCCCC